AAGUUACAGUCAAAGAGCAUAUGAAAUUAACUAACAUGUUAACAUGUCACUCCCUGACAUGUUACGUAAUAUUAAUUUAUGUUAAUUUAGCUGGCGGUAGCAAGGCUGAGUAAGUGAAUGAGUAAAGAAACCGUGUAUCUGUGAGUUCUAAUUCAUUUUUAAAAAGCCAAUUUUGAACGGCUCGUUCACUACUCGCACAUCGCUAUGCAGCUGUCAAUCAUAUGAUUGUCAUGUCGUGGUGAUCCUCCACGUGUGGCCGGAAAAGUGCAAUCUUCGGACACCCCCCUUUGGGAUGGACAGUGAGGAUGAGGACGUGGAUGAGGUCGUGAAAGGUCCACUAGAUGAUGACGGCCAACCUCAUGGACUAUGCACCGUGAUCUACUCAUCCAGUGAUCGUUUUGAAGGACACUUCACGCACGGAGAGAAGAGCGGGAAGGGCAAAUUCUUUUUUUUUGAUGGAAGUACCUUGGAGGGCUUCUAUGUGGAUGAUGCUCUUCAGGGCCAGGGCGUGUAUACGUACGAAGAUGGAGGGAUCAUGCACGGCACAUAUGUGGACGGUGAACUCAACGGGCCAGCUCAGGAGGUAGAUGGAGAAGGUCGUCUGGUCUUCAAGGGCCAGUACAAAGACAACACUCGCUAUGGUGAAUGCUGGGUGUACUAUCCUGAUGGAGGUUGUGUAUUCGGCAAGGUGAACGAAGAGGGGGAGAUGACAGGAGAUUUAUUAGCGUACAUCUACCCUGAUGGACGCACCGCACUUUAUGGAAGUUUUGUGGACGGAGAACUCAUCCAAGCUUUGCUGGCCACCCUGACUGUUGGCGAGACAGGAAGGCCGUCUUUUGAGGUCACGCCCAAUAGUGCAGUUUACACACAUGACAAGUCCACGUCCACUUGUAUUGCUACCCAUGCUUUGCUUCCAGACCCUUAUGAAAACCAGAGGGUUUUUGUGGCAGAGUCCAUAAUCGAAGGUGCCGGACAGGGUCUGUUUGCUAAGACGGAUGCUGAAAGAGACACUGUGAUGGCUUUUUACAACGGAGUAAGAAUCACACACUCUGAGGUGGACAAGAGAGACUGGGCGUUGAAUGGGAACACGAUCUCACUGGACGAGGAUACCGUAAUCGACGUACCGCAGCCGUUUGACCAGACAGAGCGAUACUGUGCCUCUUUGGGUCACAAGGCGAACCACUCCUUCACCCCUAAUUGCAAAUAUGACGCGUUUAUUCACCCCCGUUUUGGGUCAAUCAAGUGCAUUCGAACAUUAAGGCCUGUGCAGAAGGACGAGGAGCUAACGGUUGCCUAUGGUUACGACCAUGCAUUGACUGAGAAGAACGGGCCAGAGGCCCCCGACUGGUACAAGCAGGAGCUCUUGGUGUUCCAGCAGAGACAGUCCAAAGAUGCAGAUAUUCAUUUUGAACAGUAAAACUAAUAUCAGGUUCAUUUUAUAUGAAAACUUAAUGGGAUGUUGGAGCAAUGCAAGAUCCUAAUUCAAGAUUAAAAUGCAGAACUUUGACCCACAAGUGACACAUUAUUUACUCUACUAACAGCGGACAAUCUAAGUAACCAAUUUAUUGGGGUUUUUUUGUAGUUGUGAAGGCAAAGUGAAUUAUUUUAUAAUUAUUAUUAUAUUUCAUUUCUAUCCAGAACAUUAUUGUUAACCGUUGCCCUAACCUAUGUACAAUUUAGAGCAGGGUCCAGCGAGGGUCACUUACUGAAAGUGAAAGGAAGCAAGGGCCAUUUAUAACGUUAUUCUUGUAAA